AUGUUAGGAGAAGGGUUGGACCAAUUACCUCAACCAGAACAAAGUUUGUGCAUAUGUGAAAUGGAACGAGGCUUGGGGAAGAUGUGUGCGGACUUUUGGCUAUUUAAUGCAUCACUAGCGCAGCGUAACGGCCAUAAUGCAAAACUUGCUUGGAUUUUGCCUAAGUUUUCCAUUUCGGAUGGAUAUGCAACAAACCGGGGUAAACAGCCCAUUACCUUCCACCAGCUGGUCAAAAUAUCCCCACCACCUUCUCCCACUCUCGCCCUUUCCUUUGUUCUCUACGACAGUGGCGCUAGCAAACUCGGGCAAAUUCCCAUAAAACUGAGGCAAAAUGCGGGAAUUUGCCUCGAUUUGCCUGUAGUGUGGGCCCAGGGUAACGCUGUUGCGAAACCAAAUUAUUUAGGGAAAGCAGGCAAAACAAUUUAG